GGGGAGUUUGCCGUGACCCAUAUGACGAAAGCCCACGUCUUCUCCAACGGGAAGGUGAAGUGGGUGCCACCCGCCAUUUACAAGAGCUCGUGCAGCAUCGACGUCACCUUCUUCCCCUUCGACCAGCAGAAAUGCAAGAUGAAGUUCGGUUCCUGGACUUACGACAAGGCCAAGAUCGACCUGGAGAACAUGGACCACCAUGUGGACCUCAAGGAUUACUGGGAGAGCGGCGAGUGGGCCAUCAUAAACGCCAUCGGCACCUACAACUCCAAGAAGUAUGACUGCUGCACCGAGAUCUACCCCGACAUCACCUUCUACUUCAUCAUCCGCCGCCUCCCGCUCUUCUACACCAUCAACCUCAUCAUACCCUGCCUGCUUAUCUCCUGCCUGACCGUGCUGGUCUUCUACCUGCCCUCCGACUGCGGGGAGAAGAUCACCCUCUGCAUCUCCGUCCUGCUGUCCCUCACCGUCUUCCUGCUCCUCAUCACGGAGAUCAUCCCGUCCACCUCGCUGGUCAUCCCCCUCAUCGGCGAGUACCUCCUCUUCACCAUGAUCUUCGUCACGCUCUCCAUCAUCAUCACCGUGUUCGUCCUCAACAUACACCACCGCUCCCCCAGCACCCAUACGAUGCCCCGCUGGGUGCGUAGCUUCUUCCUCGACUUCAUCCCUCGCUGGCUCUUCAUGAAGAGACCCCUGGUGCUGCCUCCCCCCGAGGGGACCACGGGGCAGUACGACCUCCCGGGGACGAGGCUCAGCACCUCCCGGUGCUGGCUAGAAACCGAUGUGGAUGACAAGUGGGAGGAGGAAGAGGAAGAGGAAGAAGAGGAGGAGGAAGAGGAGAAGACCUAUCCCAGCCGCAUGUCCCAGGCGGGUUCCCAUGGCCAAGGCACCCAGUGCCGCUAUAGCUGUGGGCGCCAAGCCGGGAAGGCGUCGGCGGGCUCAGCGCCCCGCGUGCCCCCCAAGGGGGAGAAGGAGGAAGAGGAGGUGGGGUCAGACCGGGGGCUGACGCUGUCCCCCAGCAUCCUGAAGGCCCUGGAAGGGGUGCAGUCCAUCGCGGACCACCUGCGAGCCGAGGAUGCUGACUUCUCGGUGAGUGGGUGCCCCCCAAAGGGCUGGGAGUACGUGGCCAUGGUGAUCGACCGCAUAUUCCUCUGGAUGUUCAUCAUCGUCUGCUUGCUGGGCACCGUGGGGCUCUUCCUCCCACCCUACCUGGCAGGAAUGAUCUAG